AUGGACAUGAAGGGGGACAAAGCGCUUCCGAAGAAGCAGUACGAGGCACGAGACGCCGAACGAAUUGCACGUAACCGAGACGACGAUGUAUCAUCGAGGAGGACUACACAGCUCGUCGCGGAAGAGACGUGGCACUCAGAUCCACGACGAUUGGAAACGAACGAACUCAAUGACCACGAUCUGCUGGGCCAUUGA